AUCCGUUAGAUCCGCUAGAACCGCAACUUGAUUCGCUUUCUCCAUUCGGAGCCUUAAGUCUACUCCAAUAGUGGACAAAAGUGAACGCGCACACAGAAGCGUUUUUGACAAAGAACAAAAACGACGACGUUUUAGUCGAGCAUAAACCCACGAUGUCAAGGGUUUUAGUCGUUGACCAUUCGUCUUCCCCUUUCAGCCAUGCUUGGGUCGAGAGCUCUGUUCUGCGGAAGAAUCUGGAAUCAUUCUCUGUUUCCGAAACGUUCUGGAAACUUCCGAGCGAGUUUCUCGACGAAACGGGUCGGGACGCAUAAUGGAACAUUCCAUUGCGACGAAACCUUAGCUUGCUUCAUGCUUCGUCUCUCCUCCAGAUUCUCUGGUGCUCAGAUCGUCCGUACCAGAGAUCAUCAGGUAUUGGAGAAGCUUGAUGCGGCUCUUGAUGUUGGUGGUGUGUAUGAUCCUGAGAGUGAACGUUAUGACCAUCACCAGAAAGGCUUCACUGAAGUGUUUGGACAUGGGUUUAAUACUAAACUCAGUAGUGCAGGGCUUAUCUAUAAGCACUAUGGCUUGGAGAUAAUUGCUAAGGAGCUUCAGCUUGAUCAGAAGCAUCCUGAUGUGCAGCGAUUGUUUCUAGCUGUGUACAAAAACUUCAUUGAGGCAGUAGAUGCUAUUGACAACGGCAUCCAUCAAUACGACACUGACCAGCCUCCAAGAUAUGUAAACAACACAAGCCUGGCGCAUAGGAUUGGAAGGUUGAACUUAGACUGGAUUGAGCCUGAUCAGUCUAGUAGCAAAGAAGAUGAAGCCUUUCAUCGGGCAAUGGAACUUGCUGGCUCUGAGUUCUUACAGUGUGUUCAUUUUCACGGAAGAUCAUGGUUACCAGCUCGGUCAAUUGUUAUGGAGUGUCUUGCAGAACGUCAUGAUGUAGACUCCAGCAGAGAAAUCAUGAAGCUUAACAAACAAUGCCCAUGGAAACUCCAUAUAUUCGAGCUCGAGGAAGAAAUGAAGAUUGAUCCUCCCAUAAAAUAUGUCCUUUACCAGGAUGAUAGAAGCGAAAACUGGAGAAUCCAGGCGGUUUCGGUUUCACCGGACAAGUUUGAGAGCCGUAAAGCUUUGCCAAUUUCAUGGAGAGGUCUUGAAAAGGAGAAGCUCUCAGAGGAAAGUUCAAUUCCGGGAUGUGUGUUUGUGCAUAUGAGUGGUUUCAUUGGUGCAAAUCGGAGCUAUGAAGGUGCCUUGGCAAUGGCAAAAGCCUCUUUGAUUGCUUAGUUUCCAUGUAUAACCCAACCCAAAGAUGAGUUCUGGUUCUUUGGUUUUAACCGGUCUACAAACAUACGAUUAGGGCAUGUUUAUUGCAGGUCUUUUAGAUUGGGUCUCUUAGCGUAAUAUAAAAUACGGUAUCUUAGUUUUUAACUAAAAAAACUAAGAGACGUCUCUUAUAUCUCUUAUUUAAGAGACGUCUCUUAGAUUUUUUAGUUAAAACUAAGAGACUGUAUCUUAUAUUGCGCUAAGAGACCUAACAUAAGAGACCUACAAUAAACAUGCUCUUAGAAUCUCAGAGGUUGUUGCUCAAAAAAAAAAAAAAAGAAUCUCAGAGGUUGUAGCUAAAAUUAUAUUGGUUAUUAUAUUUUGAUUGAUUUAAAAA